UUUCUCCUCUGUUUGGCGACCUACAGCAGACUAUAUUACUUGCAACCAUUCGUGCUUCCAUCCUUGUAAAGAAGCGCAUAAUAAUUGCGAAUUUACUACAUAAGUAAAUACAUAUUUUCAUGUUCACAUGGCCGAUACAAGUCCCACAUCAAUUACGAGGUGGAAGUUGCCCGACGACAAACUAAGAUCACGUGGUUAUUACGGGAAACACGUAUUGUUCACUUUAUCCAAAUCUACAUCUCAAAACGUGCUGUUUGGAACUUUCAGAUAUUUUAAAAAGGAAACUUUCCCCCGUGGUUUGAUAGUCAGCAUUACCCGCGAAUUUAAGACAUUUACCAAACCUUCGUACUACGGCUCGACGCCAAUUUUUUGUCCUAUUCGAAACUUUCAGAGUGGCGAGAUUAUCACGACCUUUUCCGCAACGGAGUAUCCAUUCCAAUUAAAAAUCCCGCCCGACUUCCCGCCAACCUUGAAAAACAAACUGUUCCAAAUUCGAUACACGCUGUCGGUCGCGCAGCGCGGGGAGCUGUACCCAAUAACGUAUUUAGGACUGGAUGACUCAUCGCCAAAAUUGAUAAGCUCAUUUUUCAUUAUUUAUUGCCUCUCGGGAACUUAUUUUAAAAUUCUGGGCAACAACUUUGUAGUCAGUGAAUGGGGGUGAGCUGUUUAAGUCAAUUUCGGUGAGUUUAGGUUUUCCAAAGGGUUUUUAAACUUGAGAUCUCUAUUUUCAAAAAAGCUCAAGAUUUGAAGUCGAUAUUUUCAAAAUAUUGGCAACGACCUGCUCUACGAAUUUGUCGUCCAGAAUUUAAGAUAAAUUUCCAGAGCGAAAAAAUGAUUAAGAACGUGGUAAUAAUUUUGGCUAUGAGUCAUCAAGGCUUGAAUUUGCUAAUCCUAAGUCAGCAGGACAUUCAAUACAUUGGAUGCUGCAAAAUAAAUCGGUCUCAGUUUGGCUACGGGAGAAAAAUUGUGCCGUUUUUAUUGGACGGGGUCCCUUUUAAGGUGCAUUUUCCAACUACGGAAUUCCUUCUGGGAGAAAGGAUCCACUUCUCGGUUACUUACUCCCGAGGCACCAAUCGCGUUAAAAGACGUGCAACUAACGUUUCUCAGAACGACUAAAUACUGCCAGAGUGAACAUGCAGAGUUGGAAUUGGAAAUCGUUCGGGUUAAGAGUUACAAAAACUUCGAUAGAAAGAAAUCAUUCUUGAAUGACACUUUCUCGUUGGAGGGGAUUGAUGCCACAUCCAGCGUGGGGAUGAUGGCGCCAUUUUUGAAAACAUGUUACUCACUUAAUGUUGCUGUCACAGCGAUGUCUGGAAAAUUGGCAUCCGUCGAGGUGGACAUCGUGCUCGGGACGGACACCGAUGUAAAGGAAUAUCUCCAGCUGUACAACACGUGUCCUAAACAAGGACAGGUGACCAGCAGGGAAAUGCAGACACCUUCUGCACCACACCCACCACAUUCUCCAUCCACACGACGGCUGCACGCGCCAUCCUCCCCACCAUUGAUGACCAUGUCUUUGUCCCACUCAAUGUCCUCACUGCCGCAGUAUGGACAAUUGAGUGGGAGAAAAUCGACAUCUACUUCUACCCUGGACACGUUGCCCCCGCACUACGAUGAUGCCGUGGCUGGAGGGAGCAUCAUCUAAAAAUUGGAAUAUCGCAUUCACAUUAUACAAAUAUUUUUACCUUAGUGAUGCCAAUUUUACCUUGUUGAGAAUUUUAGAUUUGAAGUUUAUGAAAAAUCUUUACCUAUGACUUUUGCUCAGCAGUGUAUGUUUCUAGUGUAUACAUGUUAUAACGAGGUAAAUUGAUAAAUACGACGUGAUACAUAUAUACAAUUAAGAAUUGUAAGUUUGUAUUUCCAAUUAAUUAAGUUCUAAUUAAUUUUGAAGUAAUUUCGUUACAACUACGACCAUUCUUGCAUAUAUAGGACGGAUUUAGAUAUAAAAAUAGAUAUACAUACAUAUGCAUGUACAAUGUACAUACAUAUGUAUGUAUGUAUGUGCAUCAGGGUUGCAGAAAUCUCA